GAGAGAGAGAGCGCCAGGGCAGGUCUGACAACAUUCCAGACUACAUCUUCAUGGACGCUGUCUUGCUUUCCUCAUAACUGCACAGCUGCAUUUCGCAUGCACUUCCAGCCACAGUUUCUCAAGACUUCAGUUUUUCCCCAGAAGACCAACUUGAUAUAAAGGCAGGAAGUGUAUUGUGAGCGGGUGACUGGAUCAAUAAUGACCUCCAGGCAACAGUCCAGUCCGGACGUGAUCACCACGUGCCCCAGGUCAUCCGUACAUCUCUGCUCAUACUGAUUCCACCUGACUUUGGACUAAAGGAACCGACAGCACCCCUUAAACACACUUUGAUAUUCGUGACCUCACCCUCCCCUCCAGCUCCUGCCAUGUGGUGGGGUUGGUUUGUGUGCCGCUGCUUGUCCCUGGCAGCGCUGCUGGUGGUAGCAGACUGCGGAGGGGCUGAGCAAAGAAGAGGAGCAGAAGAAGGACUCAGAAGCUCCACGGCAAAAGCCAACAGCAGCAGCGGUCGGAAAUAUCACCGGAUCCAACACGGACAGUGUAGCUACACUUUUAUCCUUCCGGAGGGUGAUGGAGGCUCUUGUCGAGAGUUUAAAGCGGGCACGCCGUACAAUGCCAACGCACUUCAGCGGGACGCACCUCAACCUGAAGCGGACUUCUCCAACCAGAAGAUCCAGCAGCUGGAGCAUGUCAUGGAGAACUAUACGCAGUGGUUACAAAAGAUUGAGAACUACAUCAAAGACAAUAUGAAGACAGAGAUAGUGCAGUUACAACAGAGUGCUGUUCACAACCACACGGCGGCCAUAUUAGAGAUGGGCACCAGUCUUCUCUCCCAAACAGCUGAGCAGACGCGCAAGCUAACCGAUGUCGAGACACAGGUUUUAAAUCAGACAUCAAGGUUGGAAAUUCAGCUGCUGGAGAAUUCACUAUCCACCAACAAGCUGGAGAAAGAACUUAUGAUACAGAUAAAUGAAAUCAACAAGAUCCAUGACAAGAAUGGGUUUCUGGAGGUAAAAAUGCAGGAGAUGGAGGACAGGCACAGAGAGGAGUUGGAGGCCCUGCGGGAGGAGAAGAGCAGUCUACAGGCGCUGGUUAGCAGGCAGAGCUCAGUGAUCCGGGAGCUGGAGGCUCAGCUGAGUCGAACGACCAGUAACAGCACCGCCCUGCAGAGACAACAGCAGGACCUGGUGGACACCGUACGCAACCUGCUCAGCCUCUGCGCGAAGGACGGUGGUACAGCAUUGGUGCCAAACAGCACAAAGCAAGCUGAUGAGGAGAGGAAGUACCGGGACUGUGCCGACCUCUACCAAGCGGGUUUCCAGAAAAAUGGAGUUUACACUAUCAACAUUAGCCCACAAGAGACUAAAAAGGUGUACUGCAACAUGGAGUCUGCGGGGGGAGGCUGGACCGUGAUCCAAAGACGUGAAGAUGGUAGCGUGGACUUCCAGAGAACAUGGAAAGAAUAUAAAAUGGGCUUUGGGAGCGUGUCGGCCGAACACUGGCUGGGAAAUGAGUUUGUGCACAUUCUGACCAAUCAGAGGGAGUAUGCCCUCCGUGUGGAGCUGACAGACUGGGACGGACACCAGGUCUUCUCGCAGUAUGACAGUUUCCACAUCGACAGUGAAAAACACAAUUACAGGUUGUUCCUGAAGAGCCACAGCGGGACGGCGGGCAGACAGAGCAGUCUGGCGAUCCACGGCGCUGACUUCAGCACUAAAGACAUGGACAAUGACAACUGCACAUGCAAGUGUGCGCUGAUGCUCAGUGGGGGAUGGUGGUACGAUGCCUGUGGCCCAUCCAACCUGAACGGGGUGUACUACAGACAAGGCCAACAUGUUGGAAAAUUCAAUGGAAUCAAGUGGCACUAUUUCAAAGGCCCCAGCUACUCUCUCCGAUCCACUGUCAUGAUGAUCCGACCGGCCGACUUCGCGUAGUUCUCCACAAAUAGCCCAAAAUGUUUUGGAAAAGUGUUACUUUUUGGCCCAUGACAUUACCAGGUAACGCUGUAUAAGUGGUUAGCUGCUUGCCUUUUGGAUAAUGCAGCAUUCUUUUGAGAUAACACCUCUCCAGGAAACAGGAAUCCUGUGAAUAAGGGGCUGUCCUAUCACCUUUAUGGGACUACAUAGGAGAUGGCAUGCUCUUUGGGAAUUUAGGGCAGGAGCUGACUUGGCUGGGCUUUUAUUUUUAAAUAUCAGAGGUAUGAAUUCAAGUGCCAUUCACUUGUCACUCAGGACCUGUGGACUGCUGAGGCAGGCACAUCACCUUUGAUGGUAGUGGACUGGGCUGCAUUGCCUAGCAAUCACCCUGUGCUCAUCUGGCAUUCGUGUCUCCAAGUGAAUUUAAAGCAGAUUAAAUGUCCUUCAAUAUCUUAAAGGGGCCUAUUAAUGUUUAAUACAAACGUGU